AUGCCUCGCAAGGUGCCACAGUCAGCCAAGAAGCACAGGGAAAGACUACUGGACAAGAGGGCUAUCAAGCGAGGGGACGUCGAUCCCAUGAAGGCCUCCAAACCCGACAAGAAACGCAACCGAUUUACAGGGCCAGUUGUGCCCGCCUCUACCGAGGCAACCUCGGCUCGGAAGCUUCAGUCUACGCAUGCCACGUUCUCUCCGGCAUUCCUACAGCAAACCAAAGUCGUGGCCGCGAACGUACCCCUCCCUCGACCUGUUCCUGCCACUGCCGCCCUGUACCCCGUAUCUACUGAUCGUAUGGCUCCUGAAGCCGAACAGGAGCUGGACAAGAAGUUGGGGUGCAUGAAGCGUCCUAAAUGGCGCCAUGAUAUGACAAAGGGACAGGUUGAAGGCCAGGAAGAGGGGGAGUUCAAGAAAUGGCUUGCGCGCACCGACUCAGUGGUAGAAGAGUGGCUCAACGUUGCCAAUGAAGCGCGCGAGAGUGCUCGACAAGCUGAGGCAGUGGCGCGCGAUCCCGACAUCCCUGCGCCCGAAUACCCGAUCGAUGAAAUGCCAUUCUCUUCUACAACUUUCGAGCGCAACCUGGAGGUCUGGCGGCAGCUCUGGCGCGUCUCAGAGCUUUCUCAAAUUGUUCUCGUAUUGCUUGAUUCUCGCUGCCCCCCGCUGCAUUUUCCACGCUCUCUGCAAGCCUUUCUAUCUACCACGAAGUGCCGGGUCAUCUUGGUGCUCACGAAGGUAGAUAUCGUCGGUCUAGAGCGCGCGGAAGCGUGGCAGCGCGAGCUCCUGAAGCGUCAUCCAACGACCAGAGUGGUCAUGGUAGAGUCUUAUACCGUCAAACAAGCUCAGGACGGCGAAAGCACGACCGCCCGCAAGACCCGUCACCGGCCACAUAUCCCCCAGAACUUCAAGGAGCGCUUGGUGACGGCCUUGAGGGAGACGCACGAGGAACUUCGACAGCCUCCUGACUACAUCAAGUCCACCCCGGAGAAGUUGGCGAAGUGGCGUCCUCGCGUCAGACGCGAACUGGAUUGGAACGCGAUCCUCGCUGCGGGGUCACUACGACAGGAUAAUCAUUCUGCUGACAAGGGCAAGCGUAGGGAACAGGAUCUGCAGGUCGAGGCCGACUCCGACUCCGAGGACUUUACAGAGCCUGAUUUUCUUACAGUUGGACUCAUAGGACAACCCAACGUCGGGAAGUCAUCGCUAUUGAAUGCGCUCUUCGGCACGACCAAAGUACGCGCAUCCAAAACACCCGGCAAGACGAAGCACUUCCAGACUCUAUUCUGGACAAAUGAGCUAAGGCUUGUUGAUUGCCCCGGUUUAGUUCUCCCAUCUCUGGCGCCCAUCGAACUCCAGGUGCUUAGCGGCAUCCUGCCGAUCGCACGCAUGCCCGCCAUUCCGUUAUGCCUCUUCUACGCCGGCCAGCUCCUCCCGCUAGAGAAAGCGUUGGGUCUAGAUCAUCCUAGCUCUCAGGAUAUUCCGGCUGGCGACAAACGAACGUGGCGCGGCAAUGCGUCGCGACGCGAGGCUGCAAAGACCUUCACAUGGACAGCGAUGGACGUGUUGGAAGCUUAUGCCGAAAAGAAAGGCUGGAUCACGGCGCAGGCGGGUAGACCGGAUGCCAAUCGCGCGGGCAACGCCAUCUUGCGCAUGCUAGCGGAAGGCAGGAUUGCAUGGUCGUUUGUACCGCCAGAUACGGACCCGAAUACGCUCGCCAACUUGGACGGUCAAGGCAUUUGGAUACCGCGUGAGGAUGAGAAUCCCGAUGAAUCCGAGAGCGAUGCGGACGUGCACGAGGACCAGAGCGAUGAACAAAGUGAUGGAGAUGGACCAUCACCCACACUCGUUUCGGAGGCGUCUGACGACGAGGGGGCGGUGGGAGCCAAGAAGCCCGCGAAGGUGUCAUUCUCCGGGGGACGAUUUGAGCUGCUCGACGUUGAUGGUGACAACAAAGACGGUGAGGAGAGUGAGGACGCGGAUAGAGAGUAG